AUGCCGAAUCCAAUAAUAAAAGUUCACGAGGGAAAAUUAAAAGGAGCGAAGUGUAAGACUAUAAACGAUGUUGUGUAUUAUAGUUUCAAAAAGAUUCCUUACGCAAAACCUCCUGAAAAUGAAUUGAGAUUUUCAAUACCUCAUCCACCAGAACCAUGGGAUGAAGUCAGAGACGCUACUGAGGAUUGUCCACCCUCUCAUCAAUACGAACAACAUAGCGGUAAUUGCAUUGGACAAGAAGAUUGUCUCUAUCUCAACGUAUAUACUCCAAAAUUGCCUUCAUUAGGUUCACCAUUGCUGCCAGUCAUGUUUUACAUUCAUGGCGGAGGAUUUAUUAGUGGACACGGUACAGAUACGAAUACAAAUGGUCCAGAUUAUCUAAUUGAAAAGGAUGUAGUAAUGGUAAGCAUAAAUUACCGACUUGGCAUUUUUGGUUUUCUGGCAUUGGAUUUAAAAGAAGCUCCAGGAAAUAUGGGUUUGAGAGAUCAGGUUCAAGCACUCAAAUGGGUGAAACAGAACAUCGAUAAAUUCAAUGGAGACCCUAACAAUGUUACCAUUUUUGGUCUUAGCGCUGGCGGUGCUUCGGUAGAGUAUAUUAUGUUAUCACCAACAGCUAAGGAAUUGUUUCACAAGGCCAUAGCUCAGAGUGGGACUUCUCUAUGUCACUGGGCGCAUACCUCCAAAAUGAAACAAUUAGCUGCUAAAAUCCCUCUUCUUGACGGAAAAUCCAUUAAAGAUGAUGAAUUAUUACACUACUUGAAGUCUUUACCGACCAUAAAAUUAGCAAAAUUAUCAAUGAUGGCUUUGGCUGAAGAAAAAUUCAAAGGUGGCAUUCAUUUUGGAUUUGUUCCUGUAAUAGAAAAACCUAAAGACUGGGAACCGUUUUUAGACCAACCAACAUACGACUUAUUAUCUCGAGGAGAAUUUACACAAGUUCCAUUCAUGACUGGAUUUGCCACACGAGAAGGCCUCUUAACGCUAGCUCUUGGCGAACCUAUAUUGAGCAAAGUGGUGAAAGAAAAAAAAUUUACACCAAAUCUCCCAUUUCAAUUUGUUGAUUCUGAAGCAGAUGAAUUAGAAAGGAAGUUGAAGAAAAUAUAUUUAGCACGUGAACAAGAUUUUAAAGAUCCAGAAUGUUUUGCAAUAGAAUAUUUUUCUGAUGUUGACAUCAUCGGCGGGGUGUAUACAGCUACAUCCUUGAUAGCAAAGAAAAAUAGUUGUCCUGUAUAUUUUUAUGAAUUUGCAUAUGAUGGAAAUUUGAAUGCAGUGAAGUAUUUACUGAAUAUCAAACGAGAAGGGGCUUGUCAUGUCGAUGAGAUCGGUUAUCUUCUAAGAAAUGAUAUGCUCCCCAAGCCUCCAUACCAAGCCAUGGAUAAAUGGGUCUUAGAUAGCAUGGUUACGAUGUGGACAAAUUUCGCUAAAUGUGGAAACCCUACUCCAAAGAUUGACAAGGUGAUCCCUAUAAAAUGGGAUCCGGUAACUGAGGACCAGAUGCGGUGUCUCGUUAUAAGCGAUAAAAUGAUCGUAAAGAAAGAGGUUUACCGAGAAAGAAUGGAGGUCUAUCAACAACUCUACCGAGAGAAACGUCGUUCGGAGUGA